AUGUCGUCGACUAGUAGCCUCUCGCACCGGCGCACGCAUAAUCUGCUCUUGAUUUCGAAAUUGCUAAGUCUCCGCGACACAGCAUCUCCGUUGACAUUGGUGCUGGACUCGUUGGAGCAGCCCGCAAAGCCCUUGUUGAACGAAUAUAUACGACGAGCGCAGAUAUCAAAAGUUCAUGUCACAUUCAUCUCUUUCGAGAAUCUCAAAAGACCCAAUGGCGUCGACUCGUUCAUUCUUGCAUCGCGGAAAAAGCCCGCUGAUGUGGCUAAAGAGGUUGUAGCGGGCUAUUUCAACUCUUUACAUAAACGCCGACUGAUUAUUAUCGACGCCAUAAACCCCCUACUCAGUAAACCUGGUAUUCAUCUUCCAUCCUAUCUCGGCUCGCUCAUCGCCCCGGUCAACGCUACACCCGGCUCGGUACCCAUUCAGACAUCGCUGGUAGUGACAUAUCAUCGCGACGUCGUCUCCACCAAACCACAACAAAGCUAUGCGCCAUCCGAUCUGUCAAUGCUAAGCUACCUAUCCACAACAAUCAUAACCCUCCACUCCCUCUCGCACAUCCUCGCACAAAAGGCGGCCCACGACCGAAGUCUUGCAGCGCCCGUCUUCGGACUCGAAGAACAGCAAGAAGGAAUCAUAAUUGGGAAAACAGACCAAUCCAAGGGCCAGGAACAAUACGUUGAGGGCAUCGUGAUUGAAAUGGAGCAUCGACGGAAAAGCGGUCGUGGCGUUGUGGAGUGGUAUUUCUUGCCGCCUGCAAGUCGUUAUUCCGCGCAGGAAGUUAAAGAGGUGAUCACGCUACUUGAGGAUCAUCCGCUGUAUCGAAGGCCGGAGGACGAUAUAGAUGCGGCAGAGCAGGAUGAGCCUGGGUCGACGUUUGAGUUGAAGCUUACGGAACGGCAGCGCCGGGAUAGGGAAGGGGUCGUUUUACCCUAUUUCGACGCUCAGAGUGGUGACGGUCCUGGAGAAGGUGGCCGGAUUCUGUACGAUAUGGGAGAGGAGGAUGAUUUUGAUGAGGAAGAGGAUGAGAUUUGA